CUCAUUAAAAUCAUUACUCAUAAACUCCUUAUCAAAUCUCCCGAGAGGUCACUCGUCCAUUUAGUAGCAAUGUUCUUUAGUUGCGCAAUAUUCGCAGUGCUUUUUCAAAGCAUUCAGGAGCUCUAAGAAUGCGUACUAAUUUUGGCAUUAUUACCAAUGGCCCAGACGAGGUGGUUAUCAUCUCUGGUCUGGGAUAUGGACAUAAACCUAAAAUCAACAUAAGUGGUUGGGCUUUGGUGAUUCCUUGCGUCCAAAAAGUGACUCGUCUUUCCAUGAAUGUCAUGACGAUUGAGAUCGUUUCCCCUCGUGUCUAUACAGCCAAAGGAGUUUCUAUUUCAGUCACAGGAGUGGCACAGGUCAAAAUCAACAAUGCCAACGAAGAGAUGGUUCGAAGUGCAGCUGAGCAAUUUGGAUGUAAGACCACCGCGCAAAUCAAAGAAAUUGCGAAGGAGACUUUAGAGGGCCACCAAAGAGCGAUUAUGGGGGCCAUGACUGUCGAAGAGAUCUACAAGGACCGAAAACAGUUUUCAAGCCGUGUGUUUGAAGUUGCUUCAACAGAUUUAUUCAAUCUCGGAAUCCAGAUCAUUUCAUACACAAUUAAAGACAUCAAAGAUGAUCAUGGUUAUCUUGAGUCAUUGGGGCAAAGUCGUACAUCGGAAGUGCGAAGAGAUGCUCGCAUCGGAGAGGCUGAGGCGCGAAUGGAAUCUGAAAUUGCGGCAGCCAAGGCUGUGGAACAGACCAGGGAAGCCCAAUUGACUAAUUUAACUGGUGUUGAAUUAGCGAAACGUAACUUUGAACUCAAAAAAGCCUCUUAUGAUACCGAGGUUAAUGCAGCGAAUGCCGAGGCGGAACUGGCUUAUCAGUUGCAAGCAGCUACAAUGCAACAAAAAAUCCAAGAACAAGCCUCGCAAGUUAAAGUGGUAGAGAGAAAGCAAGAAAUUGAGAUUUCCGAACAAGAAAUUCUCCGGAAGGAACGUGAACUCGAUGCCAACGUACACAAGCCUGCGGAGGCAGAGAAAUUUCGUUUGGAGAAAAUUGCUGCAGCUUAUAAACAAAGAAAGAUCUUGGAGGCCGAAGCAGAGGCUGAAGCUGUUAUUCUUCGUGGAGAGGCUGAAGCUUUCGCAGUUACAGCAAAAGCUAAAGCCGAGGCCGAACAGAUGGCCAAGAAAGCUGACGCUUGGAGUGAAUAUGGAGAGGCAGCCAAAAUUGAGAUGCUGAUGGCAGUCCUUCCAAAAGUAGCCAAAGAAAUCUCCACACCUCUCAGCAGAGCCAAUAAAAUCACUAUGGUGUCAGAUGGUUCGAGUGAAGUGGGAGCAUCUAAACUGACAGAGGAGGUAUUGACUGUCAUGAGCAAAAUUCCGGCCAUGAUAAAGGAUAUGGCUGGCGUGGAUAUUGUCAAAACCAUGAAAGGAUAAACCUACAAUUACAAUAAACAUACACACACUUGCUA